AUGACUGUCAAUUACCACAGAGCCGCUUCAACAAGUAGGCCAUGGACAUUCUUCAAAUUACUUUUUAAAUGGAAAGGUAGCAUAUGGAAAGCCGUCUACAUGGAGCUUAUAUGCUUUUUGAUCAUCUAUGGGAUCAUUUCUGUCAUCUAUCGCUGUGCUCUCAGCAAAUCGCAACAACUGAAUUUCGAAAGGGUCGUGAGAUAUUUCGAUGCCCGGCUCGACUAUAUUCCGCUGGAACUUGUGCUUGGCUUUUUCUGCACUCAGGUGUUCAACAGAUGGAAUAAGCAGUACGAUACGAUUGGCUUUAUCGACAAGUACGUACAAACUCAAUAUAAGAAGUACAUCAGUUGUUCUCGAAGGAUACGCCACUCAUUGAUAUUAGAAAAAAUGAAUGUGCUUGUCUUUCGAGACGUAAGCAUGCGAGUCAGACGGCGAUUUCCCACACUGGACACAAUCGUCGCUGCAGGUUUCAUGCUUCCCCAUGAAAAAGAGAUAUUUGAGUCAUACAAUGGCUCCUCGCCGAAAUAUUGGAUACCGGCCAACUGGGCACUUGCCAUGACAUAUCAGGCUUGGAAACAUGGUUAUAUCGAAAGUGCUUACUACAAAGUUACGCUUCAAGAGGAAAUUAAAAAAUGGCGCACUAAUAUGGAAUGGGUCUUCAACUACGACUGGGUGCCCCUGCCCCUCAUGUAUCCUCAGGUCGUUUGUUUGGCCGUACAUUUUUACUUCCUCGUCUGCAUAUUCGCGCGUCAACAAAUCGUGGUUGAACAUGAGUUCAAAACUGAGGUGGAUACGUACUUUCCAAUAAUGACAGCAUUACAAUUCGUAUUUUAUAUGGGAUGGAUGAAAGUGAUUGAAGCCGUUAUCAAUCCUUUUGGAGAAGAUGAUGACGAUUUUGAAACCAAUGCUCUCAUAGACCGAAACAUUACGAUGGGCAUGAUGAUAGUCGAUCAAGGAUAUGAUCGUCCCCCGGAACUACGCCGUGAUCCCUUUUGGGACUCCGUUCAUCCACUCUACUCUGAAGAAACGUCACGUAUUACCUAA